GAGGGGCGGCCCGGCCGUGCGCGGCUCCGGCCCCGGGCGGGGGCGGGCAGAGCCCUGCGCCGCGCCGAGCAUGCGAGAGCCGCCGGGGCGGGCGGCAGCGGCGCAGCCAGCCGGGGCCGCGGCCGGGGCGGCGGAGCCAUGCUGCUGGCCUCGGCCGUGGUGGUGUGGGAAUGGCUGAACGAGCACGGGCGCUGGCGGCCCUACAGCCCGGCCGUCAGCCACCACAUCGAGGCGGUGGCCCGCGCCGGGCCGCGGGCGGGCGGCAGCGUGGUGCUGGGCCAGGCCGACAGCCGCCUGGCGCCCUACAUCAUCGACCUGCAGUCCAUGCACCAGUUCCGCCAGGACACCGGCACCAUCCGGCCCGUCCGGCGCAGCUACUACGACCCAUCCUCGGCGCCAGGCAAGGGAGUCGUCUGGGAGUGGGAGAAUGACAGCGGCACAUGGACACCCUACGACAUGGACGUGGGCAUCACCAUCCAGCGCGCCUACGAGAAGCAGCACCCCUGGGUGGACCUGAGCGCCAUCGGCUUCUGCUACGUCAUCGACUUUGCCACCAUGGGCCAGAUCAACCGGCAGACCCAGCGCAAGCGCCGCGUGCGCCGCCGCCUCGACAUGGUCUACCCGCUGGUGUCGGGCACGCUGCCCAAGUCGCAGUCGUGGCCGGCCAGCCCCGGGGCGGCGGCGGCCCCGCCGGUGCCCGCCUGCACCUGUCCCCAGUGCCUCCUGGUGAUGAGCGUCAAAGCCGCCGCCGGCCCCGGUGCCGCUGCCCCGCAGCCCCGCAAAGCUGCCCCCGCUCCGCCGGCCGUCCCCAAGCCCCCGCUGCCCGCGGCGGGGCCAAAGGCGCCGGACGGCGUGGCCGCGGCGCGCGGCUCGCUGAAGCCGCUGGCGGCGCAGGGCGGCCAGCGGCAGGCAGCCAGCACACCCGCCCUGAGCUUGGCCAGCGCCUCCGGCAGCCCCCCCGGCGUGGGCAGCGGCAAAGGCGCCCGGCCCGGCCUCGGCACCCUGAACCGCAGCCACCUGCAGCGCCUGGCCAUCGCCCAGUCCCGCGUGCUCAUCGCCUCCGGGGUCCCCACCGUCCCUGUGAAGAACCUCACUGGCUCCAGCCCCGUCAACCCAGCACUGGCAGGGAUCACGGGGAUCCUGAUGAGCGCGGCCGGGCUGCCUGUGUGCCUGACCCGGCCCCCCAAGCUGGUGCUGCACCCCCCACCCGUCAGCAAGAGCGAGAUCCAGUCCAUCCCCGGCAUCUCCCACUCCUGCCGCAAGACCACCAAGAAACAGGCCAAGAAGGGUAAAACCCCGGAGGAGGUGCUGAAGAAAUACCUGCAGAAGGUGCGGCACCCGCCGGAUGAGGACUGCACCAUCUGCAUGGAGCGGCUCUCGGCCCCCUCUGGCUACAAGGGGCCCCAGCCGGCCGUCAAGCCCGACCUCGUGGGGAAGCUGGUCAAGUGCAGCCACGUCUUCCACCUCCACUGCCUGGUGGCCAUGUACAACAACGGCAACAAGGAUGGGAGUCUGCAGUGUCCCACCUGCAAAACCAUCUAUGGGGUGAAGACGGGGACGCAGCCUCCCGGGAAGAUGGAAUAUCACAUCAUCCCCCACGCGCUGCCCGGCCACGCUGACUGCAAAACCAUCCGCAUCAUCUACAACAUUCCCCCGGGGGUGCAGGGACCAGAGCAUCCAAACCCUGGGAAGAGCUUCACGGCCCGUGGCUUCCCCCGGCACUGCUACCUGCCAGACAGCGAGAAGGGCAGGAAGGUACUGAAGUUGCUGCUGGUGGCCUGGGACCGGCGCCUGAUCUUUGCCAUCGGAACCUCCAGCACCACGGGCGAGUCGGACACGGUGAUCUGGAACGAGAUCCACCACAAGACGGAGUUCGGCUCCAACCUCACUGGCCACGGCUACCCCGACAUCAACUACCUGGACAAUGUCUUGGCUGAGCUGGCAGCCCAGGGCAUCACCGAGGAGAGCCUGGCGCAGGAGAAGGACUGAGACCGUGCCGAGGAGGCAAGGAAAGGGCUGCCUGUGCCGGCACCCACCAGGAUAAAGCUGCUGGAGAUGCCUGCCUGGGGGCUUUUUGGGGCACACCUGGAGCCCCCCGCUCCCAGUGGCAGCCACGCAGUGCCCCAGGCUGGCUGGGAAUGUGGGAGAAGGUCCUUUUGGCCAUCCCCUUCACUCCUGCAGGGCAGGAACAUCCCCACACACAGCUGUGGGGCUUCAGGCUGGCUUGGCCACCCCUCUGGAUGGUGUCUUGUCCUCGCUGCCACUGUGCUGAGGGUUGGGGAGUGCCAGGCUCCCCCAUCUCCUCAUCUGUGCCGGUCCCAGCCUGACCCAACACCCCUGCCACCCACCUGGGGCUGGGACCUGGCUUGGGGUGGGGCUGGGGCCACGGGAGACCCCCUUGCUCUGCCUCAUCCCCCUGACGUUUGUUUUGUUUGUUUGUUUGUUCUGUCCGGUACCUCCCCACUGGUCUCCUGUGUCUGUGGAGGUUGGGGGGCCCUGGGCUCCCCCAGCCCUGCGCCCCCUGCUCCUCUUGGCUGUGUCUGAGCUGUGCCCUGCAGGGUCCCCUUGUCUGGGCUGCCCCUGCCUCUGCAUGCCAGGGAGGGGCUGGUGGGUGGUAGGAAGUGUAUGGGGGGGACAAUGACAUCCCAGCCUCCCACAGUGGGUUCCUUGAACUGUUCGUAUGGGGCCGUCCCCACAUUGGAAUUUCUAUAUACCUCGUGUUUUGGGGUUUUGUCGUAUAUAUGUACAUAUAGGGGGGGCAUUUGGGGGGACAGCCUGGGAGAACGUGGUGCUGCAGCCGGGCUGGGGCUGGGUACAGCGGUGCUUGGGGUUGGGACGGGGGCUGUGGGCCCCCCCACCCCGACAGGGCUCUACCCCACGCGAGUGGGGUCACUUGUGGGUCCCCAUGGGGCCAGGUGCAGGUGGGGUGAGAAGUGUCCCCCUUCCUGCCCCCGGUGAGGCUUUGGGGGGCUCUGGAGGGGAAGGUGGCUGGUGAGGGGUUGGCUUGGGCUGGGCCAGGAGGGUGGUGUGGGUAGGAGAGUGUGGGUGAUGGGGGUGGGGGAAGUGUGUUCCAAGGCUCUGGGGGUCCCUGUCAGCCCCCUGGGGUGACUGGGCCUUGGAGUGCCCUGGGCUGGUGGAAGGCAUCCCUGCCCAGGGCAGGGAUUAGGAAUGAGUCUGUGGGGUCCCUUCCAUCCCAAAGCAGGGAUUCUUGGGGCCUCUGGGAGCCACCUGUGCCAGGUGCUGGGGGGGUCCCUGGCCCUCUGUGCUGGGUGGGAGGGGGGCCCCUCCCGCUGUGCAUCGUUCUGUUGUCGUUGCUGUUUUUUCCCCUCCGUGGCCUGGAGGGUCUGUUACCCUCGGGCCACCCCAUGGAGGGGCUGGGGGUCAAUAAAGCGGAUGGCAGGGGACUCCGGCGGUCCCUGCAUGGCCUGGCCUCGCCUCUCCAUUGUCUUCUGUCAGUCAUCUGUGUGGCCAGGCGAGCCAGGGGCGCUGUGUGCAGGGUCAGGCACCCCAAGUCCCCCUGAUGUCCCUUUGCGCUAAUCCGUGUGCCCAGCUGCCCUCAGCGUGGGGUGUUAUCUUCUACCUCAGGGGAGAAACCCUCUUUCCCCAGGCACACGCCCCUGUUUGGGUGGCUCUCAGCGGUGUGAUUUCUCCUCCAUGCACGCCCUGGGUUUUCCCCAGAGCAGACAAAGCCUGUCUGGAGCUAUGCAAAACCCUCUGGGCGAGAAGGGGGAGGAUCCCCCAUCCUCCGCGGUGCCAGCCCGAUGGCUCUUACUGUGAGUAAGUCUUUCCACUACGUGACUUUUUUUUCCUUUUUUUAAUGCUCUGUUGACUACACGAUGAGUUGCUGGCUGAAAUAAAACUGCUCCGUGCCUCUCUG